UCAUCUAACUUCAACAAAGUAGCCAAUUGGGUCAUACCAAGUGGUUGGUACAUACCAAUUUCUAAUUACCAGCAUUAUGCCAUCAUUAGAUAAUAUAAUAGAGAGUGCUUCCAUUAGAUCGAAGUUGAUCUGCAGGCAUCAGUGUAUAUUCUCCGAAAUUAUAAAGUUAAGACUGCAUUUUUUUUAAUCCCAUAUCCCUACUUUGAAUCCUCCCGGCCGGCAGGUAAUCGGGAUCUUCGGCGCACAAGAAUGGCCCCUCGAAGAUGGAUGUUGAUCCUUCUUCUUGCUCGGAUUUUGCUAUUCCAAUGUUGCAUUUGCUCUUCAGCAAAAGAUUACACGUUCAUGCACGAGGCAAUAUCGGCACCGGCAGAGUCAUUCUAUGACUACAUAGUCAUCGGUGGGGGAACUGCAGGCUGCCCACUGGCGGCUACGCUCUCGAGCAGGCCCAGUGUCACCGUCCUGGUCCUUGAACGUGGCGGGUCUCCUUAUGGGAACCAGAACAUCGAGAACAAGGCCAACUUCGCAGCGUCCCUCGCUGACGACUCCCCUCAUUCUCCCUCCCAGUCCUUCAUCUCCGAAGACGGGGUCCUAAAUGCCCGAGCUCGAGUCCUCGGGGGCGGCAGUGCCCUGAACGCGGGAUUCUACUCUCGAGCAAGCCAUGAGUAUGUCAGAGAGGCAGGGUGGGACGAGGGGUUGGUGGAGCAGUCGUACCAGUGGGUGGAGAGGAAGGUGGCAUUCGAGCCGCCGAUGCUGGAUUGGCAGUCGGCUGUGAGGGACGGGCUGCUUGAGGCCGGGGUUUCGCCUUACAAUGGGUUCACUUAUGAGCACAUCUACGGGACAAAGGUGGGCGGGACCAUCUUCGACCGGCAGGGGCACCGACAUACUUCUGCCGACCUGCUGGAGUACGCAGAGCCGACCCGGACAACACUAUACUUGCACGCGACCGUCCACGAGAUCUUGUUUAGCACAGUUGGUAAGAGACCACGGGCAUACGGGGUGUUAUACGAGGAUUCAAGAGGAGGUAUGCAUGGGGCCCACUUGACGAAUAACUCGGCGGGCGAGAUCAUACUGUCGGCGGGGGCCCUAGGAAGCCCACAGAUACUGAUGCUCAGCGGUAUUGGGCCCAAAGACAAGCUCAAGGCCCAUGGGCUCAACGUUAUCCUCGACCAGCCCAUGGUUGGGCAGGGCAUGGCCGACAAUCCCAUGAAUGCCCUCUUCAUCCCUUCUCCUCGACCCGUCGAGGUCUCCCUUAUCGAGGUUGCGGGCAUCACCCACUUCGGUAGCUACAUCGAAGCUGCCAGCGGAUCCGGAUUCGGAUAUCGCGCAGGUACGGAACCUCCGAUUAUGCCACCGCCGAUGACAGGCUUCGUUAACACCACCCUCCAUGGUGGAAUCAUCCUUGAGAAGGUGACGGGCCCGAUCUCUACUGGCCACUUGGAGCUGAGGACGGCUGACCCGAAGGAUAAUCCCUCGGUCACCUUCAACUACUUCAAGGACCCAGAAGAUCUCCGACGGUGCGUCCAAGGCAUGAAUACCAUCAUUGAUAUCGUCAACUCCGACGCCCUCUCUAGCUUCCGGUAUAAUGACUUGCCUGUGGAGGCGCUGAUAAGCAUGAUGGUGAGCUCGCCGGUGAACCUGAGGCCCAAGCACCCCACGGCCACGAUCUCACUGGAGCAGUUCUGCAUUGACACAGUGAUGACGAUAUGGCACUACCACGGUGGGUGUCAGAUUGGGAAGGUGGUGGAUCGAGAUUACAGGGUCUUGGGGUUGGACGGUCUCAGGGUCAUCGACGGGUCCACCUUUAAUUACUCUCCGGGGACCAAUCCUCAAGCCACUGUCAUGAUGCUCGGGAGAUACAUGGGACUGAAGAUUCUGCAAGACAGGCUCUCGUCGGGAAGUUGAAGUAGAAGAAAAAACAUGUUUUAUCCCAAAUAUGAUGCAUACGUAGAAAGAUUGAUAGCAUGAAAACUGAGAAAAAAAAAAUAGAAUAUGCAUAAAUCUCCCGUACAUGCUUUUGAUAUCGAUGGAGCUCAGUUUGGAUUUCUGAAGGUUUUGAAGCGAAAAUUGGGAUGGUCGAUAUGAGAUAUCAACGGUUUUGAACUAUAGAUCAGAUCUCUCUAUUGUAACUGAAGAUAGAGAGGACCAGCCCCAUCUGAUGAUUGUUUUCAAUACACGAGCCCAGUAUCUUUCGAUUAAUAUGACUGAUUGAUUAAUUAAUUAAUUGACAUCCUAGUACAAUACCUGUCGUGGAGCUUACAAUUAGUCUCGUCGAUGAGAUGAUACUAUCCUAUCAAUAAAAUUAAUCUCUAGCAUAAGGUCCAUUCCAGUU